CCUUCCACAAACGGAAAGAAAAGAAUUGUAGAAAACCUACAACCAGGCACGCAGUUGCAACCAUGGCCGAUCGCCCGCAGGAGAUUCAAGUGCAUCACAUUCAUCACCCAAAACAUGUCACCCAAGGCAUCGAGAGCCGCUACUCUGACAAGGGCAGUCCUUCGACCUCCCAAGUCAUAGCGUUCGUCACCCUCUUCCCUAUCGCCGGCAUCCUGCUCACCCUCGCCGGCAUAAUCCUAACCAUCACCGUCAUCAGCUUGGCGUUGACAACCCCACUCUUCGUGAUCUUCAGCCCUGUUUUGGUCCCUGCGGCGAUCGCUAUCGGGUUAGCACUGAUGGGGUUCUUUGCGUCGGGUGCGUUUGGGAUCACAGCACUGUCGUCACUGUCAUGGAUCAUCAACUACUUGCGUGAGACGAUUGCCACCAUGCCUGAGAAGCUUGAGUAUGCGAAGCGGCACAUGCAGAAAGCGGCGGGCCACGUGAGUGAGAAGACAAAGGAUGUGGGCCAAACCAUUCAGAGCAAGGCCGAGGAAGCGGCGGGCCACGUGAGUGAGAAGACAAAGGAUAUGGGCCAAGCCAUUCACAGGAAGGCCCAAGAAGGCGGUUGGACCGAUGAAGAUGGUCGGGCCCAUGAGAUUCAAUCGCAUCACAUUCAGCAUCCACAGUAUGUCACCGAAGGCAUCGAGAACCGCUUCCGUGACAGGGGCGGUCCUUCGACUACCCAAGUUGUAGCGGUCAUCACGCUCUUCCCUAUCGGCGGUGUCCUGCUCACCCUCGCAGGUAUAAUCAUGACUAUCACCUUCAUCGGCUUAGCAUCGACGACUCCACUCUUUGUGAUCUUUAGUCCUGUUUUAGUCCCUGCGGCGAUCGCUAUCGGGUUAGCAAUGAUGGGGCUCCUUGCUUCCAGUGCGUUUGGUCUCACAGCAGUGUCGUCUCUUGCAUGGUUCUUCAACUACUUGCGUGGGAAGGUAGCCGACAUCGACGUGCCUGAGGAGAUGGAGUAUGCGAAGCUGCGCCUGGCGGAGGCGGCGGACCAGGUGGGUCAGAAGACCAAGGACGUGGGCCAAGCCAUCCAGAACAAGGCCCAUGAAGUCCGCCGGAUUGAUGAAAGUGGUCGGACCCAGGAAAGCGGUCGGAUCCAAGAAGGUGAUCGGACCAAGGAAGGUGGCCGGAUCCAAGAAGGCGGUCGGAGCAGAGAAGAUGGUCGGACCAAGGAAGGCGGCAGGACCUAA